AGUUGAAGAAUAGGGUUCGUUCGGUUUGUCGCUCCGGACCCCCCGGAUCGUAUGCACACGGGUUGUUUUUUUUUUUUAGCGGUCGUUGUUUGUCGUCCAAGGGCCCGCGGUCCUCGCUCUGAUAGCCGCAUGUAGAUGCCGUGACGACCGCUCUCACAUGGAGGGAAGAGGCGUCUUCAGUAGAAGUACAUGUUUAAGGCGCUGUAGUUGUCUACUGUGAGCGGGGUGGAGGGGCGUUCGAGGACACCGUUACCCGUCCGACUGAGGGGAGCGGAGCAGCACACUUACACCAAAAUGGCAACCCCGUAUGUGACAGACGACUCCGGGAAAUAUAUCGCUUCCACCCAGCGACCGGAUGGAACGUGGAGGAAGACGAGGCGGGUGAAGGAGGGUUAUGUCCCACAGGAGGAAGUCCCCGUCUAUGAAAACAAGUAUGUGAAGUUUUUCAAGAGCAAACCAGACCUGCCCCCUGGUAUGAGCCCGUCUGAGGCGUCGCCACAAGCUCAGCAGCAGCAGAAGAUUCCCGGUUGUGUGGACGGCGAGGGCGCCGGCCUCUCGAAGUCGGCCAAGCGCAACAUGAAGCGCAAAGAGAAGCGGAAACAGCAGCAGCAGCCGGGCCAGGACGGAGACGCGGACGUGGAAUCGGUGAGCGACGCCAUGGAGAACGUGUCCAUCUCGGAUGGCGGCGAGUCUUCGAACAAGGCGGCAGCGGCCUCGACGGUUCCUGACGAUUCCGUGGCAGCGGAGAAGUCCAAGAAGAUCAAGAACCUGAGAAAGAAGCUGCGUCAAAUUGAGGAACUGCAGCAGAAAGUGGACUCUGGGGAAAUAAACCAACCGACAAAGGAUCAGCUGGAGAAGUUGGGUCGGGCGAAGGCCUUACGCGACGAGAUCGAGCAACUCGAGAGCGAUUCUUGAAGCAAUAAAGGACAAGAAGUCAGACAGACUGGACGUUAAAAUACAAACUACAUACUGAAACACGGGGGGAAAGGACCGUUUGCAGCUUCAUGAUCAUAGUUUCCAUUUACACAUAUUCUACCUAUUUGAUAUUAAUUAUGAACUUUGAAAGGCGAACACGGUCUCCGCUCCUUUUCGAGCAGAGAGCGGCUGGACGACGACUACGACGACGACGACGAGCCUGUUUUCUAAUUUCAAAAUGUCCCAAAAAUAUGUGACGACUCCUUCUCAUACACUCGUAUCGGCCGUUCAGUUGUAAACAUCUUUUUAAAGAACCAUCAUAAAUGUAAAAUUGUUUCGUGCAUGUCUGUCUUUUUCCAUUUUGUACCUUUUCAUAGCAUCGGGUAGUUUGUCGAGCUUUAACAUUUCUGUCAAUGAUUGGAUUGGCCUCUUGUCAUAUCGGUGUAGAGCCUAUACAGUCAUUACAUUAAUUAAAGUUACACGCUGCGUAAAAAC